CCCCCGCUUCCUUCCGCGACGACGGCGGCGGGCGAGAUGCAUCGCGUCCAAUGGCGACCCCGUCCUCGUCUCCUUCCGCCUCGUCGCGCUGCCCGGGGCGUCUCACCUCUACCUUCACUACCCGAGGGAAGCCAAGGGGUUUAGCGGGACCGCGCUCGUGGCGGCACCUCGACUCCGUCCUCUUCCGCGUCGUCGCCCCCUCCGCCCCCGUCACCACCGACUACCCCUGGUGCUGCCACACGGACUACUUCGUCUGCAAGGCGGGAGGCCCCUUCGGCCUGUCGCUCUCCGGCCCUCUCCCGCCGUGCUACGUGGACGGGCGGCGCAUGGCGGUGGGGCAGGGGCAGGGCCACGCCGAGCGUUCGCACAUGCUGGAGCGUGGGGACAUCGGCGUCCUCCGCCGUGGCGAGGAGGAGUUCGCCGUCGCCGACCUCAAGGUGCUGAUACCCGACGACAACGAUUCCGUGCCGGUGGAAGCCGAGCUCUUCAGGUAUCGCUCCAGCGCCGGCUCCAGGCAGUGGGAGGCCAAGCGACUCCCGAUCCGCCGGCGCGAGGGUACGGGGCAUGGGCUGCGCUGGUGGACGACGGACAAGCGCAGGUCGUCUCCUUCGAAGGCUACAUGUGCUGGAUCGACUACUUCAGGGGCAUCCUCUUCUGCGACGUGCUCGACGAGGACCACGAGCUCCGGUACGUCGAGCUCCCGGUGGCGCCUCCCGAUGGCAACCUCCACCACCCGGAGUUCGGCAGGUUGCACCCGUUCGUGACGCGGAGCGUGUGCGUCACGGACGGCGGCACGAUGAAGUUCGUCAACGUCGCCCGCGCCGACGUGGAGAUCGCGAGCAAACGCAGGCCUGGUUCUGGUUUCACCAUGACCGCCUGGUCGCUGGUGACGCCGUUGAACUCCGAGAGGUUAGGCUGGGCGAUGGACGGCGCCAUUGAAGCGGACAAGCUCUGGAUGCACGACUCGUACGCCAAGCUUGGUCUUCCCCUUCUCUCGCCGGAGUUCCCCUUUGUGAGCCUGCGUGAACCCGACGUCGUUUACGCCGUGCUGAGGGAGAGGCACUACGAUGGUGGGAAGACAUGGGUGCUUGUGAUUCACAUGAGAAGUAAGGCGCUGCGAUCGGCCAUUCCCUACAAUGAAGUGGAAGAUUUCGACCAUGGUGAAGAUGACGACGUUGAGAUCAAUGAGAUGGCCUCAUGUAACAUCUACAAUAACAGCCCCGUUCUUCCCAGCUUGUUCUCCAUGUACUUGAAUACAUCUACAACGACCUAGCCACUAGCUUGAAUUUCGUGUUCUUUUUGACUAAAGUGUUUUGAAGUGGGGUUGGCUGGCUACUCA